AGAAGCUCCACUGGUCUUUCUUCUACUUCUGGAGGGGGCAUAUCCCCAACAUGCUGCAGAGAGGGGCCUACUGCCUACCAGUAUUUGUCACAUUAUUUUCGGCUGUGUUUUUCCGGAUCCGCUUGAUAGCCAGAGAGCUCAACCCCUGCUUGCAGGUGACUCCAGGCAUCACUUACAUAUGCAUGGAGCUGAACCUCAGAGGAAUUCCACCUGACAUCCCAAACUCUACCCAGAACCUAGAUCUCAGCUUCAACCCACUGGAAGUCCUGAACUCAAAUUAUUUCUCAUCAGUUCCUGCACUGAGGCUUCUGGAUUUAAUUAGAUGCCACAUCACAACAAUUGAAGACAAUGCCUUUGCUGGACUCCAUAACCUUUCUGUCUUACUUCUGACUGGCAACCCUCUCCAGUUCUUGGGCCCACGAGCAUUUCAGGUCUUGCCUUCACUGCAUAGACUGGUGCUUGCAGAAACCAGCCUGUCCUCAUUGGAUCAUCUGCCCAUUGGACAUUUAAUGACUCUCGAAGAGCUAAAUUUGAGCAAUAACUUCAUAGAUUCCUUAAAACUUCCCAAAUAUUUCUCUCAAUUUACACAUCUUAAACAUUUAAUCCUUAAAUCAAAUAAGAUCUCCUCAAUCUUUAGGGAAGACCUAGAUGUCUUGUCAGCCCUCAACAUCACACUUGUGCUGUGUAAGAAUGACAUAAAAUAUAUCCAGCCAAGGUCUUUUAAAGGAAUUUACCUUCAGGAACUAUCUUUGAGAGCCAGCUUUGAGAAUAGCAACAUUAUGCAUGUUGGUCUCCUUAAUAUGACUGGCUUACGUGUUAACAGUUUAGUGUUAGGAGGAUACAGGAAUCUUAGGAAAGAAAAAUUAUCUAAGAAGGAACUCUUGGAUGGUCUCUGUCAUACGGACAUCCAGAAAAUAACUCUCAUCUGCAUUCGAGAUGCUUUCACAACAGAUAGCUUUUCUGACUGUGUGAACGACAUCUCCACGGUGCGGUUUGUGGACAGCUACAUUCGAAUUGAAAAUUUCCCAGGAAAUACCAGCAUACGCCACCUAGAAUUCAAGACCACUGGGUUUCAUCGUGUGCCUCUUGAGAAGCUGGCUUCCUUGAAAGAGCUGAGAGUUCUCCACAUAACCGAUAGUGAUGAACUCCGUGAAUUUGAUGUGAGAAGAAAUUGGACUUUACAGAAACUUGAGAUCCUCAAUCUCAGCAAUAACAAUCUUAAUACAGGUCUUCACUGGCAUUAUCUGAAGAUACACUUUCCACACUUGAAGGUUUUGAAUCUUAGCUUCAACCCAUUAGUCAGAGUGUCAGGGGAGCUCACAGGCCCCAUCACACUGAAAAAAAUGGAUUUACAACAUUCUAAACUAAUAGGUCCUGGAACAAUCCCUGCUUUUAUGUGCCUUAGGAAUCUCAUCUAUCUUGAUAUUUCCUACACCAGCAUUUCUAUUAACACAGAAUGUUCAUUUUGUGGCUUGGACAACCUAGAAGUACUGAAAAUGGCUGGCAACUCUUUUAAGGACAAUCAGGUGGUUAAUACUUUCACAAAUGUCACUAAGCUGAAGAUCUUGGAUAUUUCCAACUGCCAACUGCAGCAUGUUUCUCUCAAUAGCUUUGACUUCCUCCAUGACCUCCGUGAACUGAAUAUUAGCAAUAACAAGCUCCUAGACUUCCAUCCAGAGUUGUAUAUACACCUGGGGGCCCUUGUCAUCCUGGAUGUCCACAGUAACCAGUUGAUCACCUUGACCAAGAAGCAUCUGGAGAACUUGCCGAGUGGCUUGAAGAAACUGGACCUUUCUCAAAACCUUUUUGACUGCUCCUGUGAUCGCUUGGACUUCCUACAGUGGGUUAAGGAGCAUGAGGAUCUCCUUUUGCAUACAGAGAUGAUGAAGUGUCACAGUCCCUCAUACUUAAAAGAUACACAGCUGAUGCAUUUUGACAUAUCUUAUUGCCAGGUCAGUACAACCACAGUGUCAGUUUUGGUGAGCAUUUCUGUGAUUGUGGUCUUGUCGCUGAUUCUGGUUUAUAAGUUCUACUUCCACUUAUAUUACAUGAUGGUGCUGCUCAGCGGAGGCCAUUCCUCUACCGAUCAUAACAAAAUCUACGAUGCCUUUGUUAUCUACUCCAGCCAGGAUCAAGUAUGGGUGAAGCAGGAGCUAGAGGAGACGCUUGAAUCGGGAGUGCCACGUUUCUGUCUCUGCCUCCAUUAUCGAGAUUUCAGACCUGGUGUGCCUGUCGUCACCAACAUCAUCAAAGAGGGCUUCCAUAGCAGCCGGAAAGUCAUUGCUGUGGUCUCCACCCACUUCAUGGAGAGUCGUUGGUGUAACUUUGAACUUGAAGUUGCCCAGUCUUGGCAGCUACUGGAUAGCAAGGCCAGCCUCAUCUUUGUUGUUCUAGAUGGUGUAGACAAAGUGGUUCUGCGAUCGAAGCUGGGGUUGUUCCGCUACUUGCGAAGGAAUACGUACUUGGUGUGGAAGGACAGGGAAGUCAACCGGCAUGUUUUUUUGAGGCAGCUGAAGGCAGCCUUGCUUGAUGGCAAAACAUGGACUGAGGAUGAACUGAGAUCAAUGUUGAAGAAGUAGAGUUAUGUCUCCUUUUUCUGCUUCUCUGAGCCAACUGAAGAUCAUAUUUGCCAAUGAACAUUCACCAGCGACAUUCCUGAAUCUGAAAGAAUUCUGUUCAGGCCACCAUGUGGGUGGGGAAAACAGGCAAUGUUCUUAUAUAAAGGUUUCAACUUUUUUGUUGUCAUUAAGGGUUCUUAUUCACCAUUUAGAAAACAAACAAACCUUAGAUCAGAUAUGUCAGAGGGCUUGAUCUGAUUGAGGGG